UUCUCGCUUCGUUCAGUGGUGGAGAGGUUGAUGUGUGUUGUGUGUCAUUCAUUCUGCUUGAGGAAAUUGAUCAUCUAUGUGACGUGUAAAAUUUCAGUUUAGUGAAGGAAUGUAAUUCAGGAUUUUCCAUUGUUAUUUAAUUUAUUGCUUAAUCUGGUUCCGAAAAUUGGCGAAAAUGACGCAGAUACUGCCAAUCAAAUUCCAAGAGCAUUUGCAGCUCUCUGGAGUUGGAAUUAGCCAAUCGAGUGUCAGUUUCAAUUCACUGACAAUGGAAUCGGAUAAAUUCAUCUGUGUGAGAGAAAAAGUUGGUGAAUCCUCUCAAGUGGUGAUUGUCGAUCUCAAUGAUACGGCCAAUCCGAUCAGACGGCCGAUUUCGGCCGACUCAGCCAUCAUGAAUCCAGCCAGCAAAGUGAUCGCUCUGAAGGGCAAAGCUGGCACCGAAGGAACUGCUGCUGCUCAAAAAACCUUACAAAUAUUCAACAUCGAAAUGAAGAGCAAAAUGAAGGCUCAUCAAAUGGCAGAUGACGUUAUUUUCUGGAAGUGGAUCUCUCCAAAUACUCUGGCUCUUGUAACCGAGUCUUCAGUCUAUCAUUGGAGUAUGGAAGGUGAUUCUACUCCUGUGAAAAUAUUUGAUAGGCAUUCAAGUCUGAAUGGAUGUCAGAUUAUCAACUAUCGUACAGAUCCGAAACAUUCAUGGUUGUUGCUGAUUGGUAUAUCUGCUCAGCAAGGUAGAGUGGUCGGUGCAAUGCAGCUGUAUGCCGUGGAACGAAAAUGCUCGCAGCCGAUUGAAGGUCAUGCAGCAUCUUUUGCUCAGUUCAAAAUGGAAGGCAAUCCUGAGCCAUCUACUCUUUUCUGCUUUGCCGUCAGGACAGCUCAAGGUGGCAAGUUGCAUAUAAUUGAGGUCGGUCAACCACCAAGUGGCAAUCAACCAUUUCCAAAGAAAGCAGUCGAUGUUUUCUUCCCACCCGAGGCCCAAACCGAUUUCCCAGUUGCUAUGCAGGUCAGCUCCAAAUACGAUGUCAUCUAUUUGAUCACCAAGUAUGGUUACAUUCACCUGUAUGAUAUUGAAUCCGGCACCUGUAUCUACAUGAACCGAAUCAGCGGAGAUACAAUCUUCGUCACUGCUCCUCAUGAAGCCUCUGGUGGCAUCAUUGGAGUUAACCGUAAAGGCCAGGUGUUGUCCGUAAGUGUUGAAGAAGAGAACAUCAUUCCUUACAUCACAAGCGUACUGCAGAAUCCAGAUUUGGCUCUGAGGAUUGCUGUCCGCAACAAUCUUUCGGGAGCUGAGGAUCUAUUUGUGAGGAAGUUCAACACCCUAUUCCAAGGCGGACAGUACACUGAGGCCGCUAAGGUUGCUGCCAAUGCUCCCAAAGGCAUCCUGAGAACACCACAAACAAUGCAGCAGUUCCAGAAAGUUCCAUCCCCGCCAGGCCAGACUUCGCCUCUCCUGCAAUACUUUGGCAUUCUUCUCGACCAAGGCCAGUUGAACAAGUAUGAGUCGUUGGAGCUGUGCAAGCCGGUUCUGGUUCAAAACCGCAAACAACUGCUGGAGAAAUGGUUGAAAGAAGAUAAAUUGGAAUGUUCCGAAGAGUUGGGUGAUCUUGUCAAACAAGCUGAUCCCACCCUCGCAUUAUCUGUUUAUCUCCGAGCAAACGUUCCCAACAAAGUCAUCCAAUGCUUUGCGGAAACUGGACAGCUGCAGAAGAUUGUGCUGUAUGCUAAGAAGGUUGGAUACACUCCCGACUACAUAUUCCUGCUGCGUAAUGUGAUGCACGUCAACCCCGAUCAGGGUGUGCAGUUCGCUCAGAUGCUUGUUCAGGAUGACGAGCCACUCGCUGACAUCAACCAGAUCGUUGACAUCCUCAUGGACCAAAAUAUGGUUCAGCAGUGCACAGCUUUCCUUUUGGACGCACUCAAGAACAACCGUCCAUCUGAAGGUCCUCUCCAGACAAGGUUGCUCGAAAUGAAUCUUGUUUCAGCUCCGCAGGUGGCUGACGCAAUUCUUGGAAACCAGAUGUUCACACACUACGACCGUGCACACAUAGCUCAGCUGUGCGAGAAAGCCGGACUCUUCCAAAGAGCUCUCGAGCACUACACCGAUCUGUACGAUAUAAAGCGAGCUGUUGUUCAUACACACCUUCUCAACUCUGAUUGGCUUGUUGGAUAUUUCGGAACUUUGUCGGUGGAGGAUUCUCUGGAGUGUCUGAAAGCGAUGCUCACCGCCAACAUCAGACAGAAUCUUCAGAUUUGCGUGCAAAUCGCAACCAAAUACCACGAACAGCUCACCACCAAGGCGCUCAUUGAUCUUUUCGAGUCGUUCAAGAGCUACGAAGGCCUGUUCUAUUUCUUGGGAUCCAUCGUCAAUUUCAGCCAGGACCAUGAGGUUCAUUUCAAGUACAUCCAGGCCGCUUGCAAGACUGGCCAGAUCAAGGAAGUGGAACGCAUCUGCCGUGAAUCCAACUGCUACAAUGCUGAAAGAGUCAAGAACUUCCUGAAAGAAGCCAAGCUCACCGAUCAGCUGCCACUGAUUAUCGUCUGCGACAGAUUCGAUUUUGUGCACGAUCUGGUUCUCUAUCUCUAUCGAAAUAGCUUGCAGAAAUAUAUUGAGAUUUACGUGCAAAAGGUAAAUCCAUCUCGUUUGCCUGUGGUUAUCGGAGGACUGCUGGACGUCGACUGUUCCGAAGACAUAAUCAAGAACUUGAUUCUGGUUGUGCGCGGUCAGUUUUCCACCGACGAGUUGGUUGAGGAGGUGGAGAAGCGUAAUCGUCUGAAGCUGCUGCUGCCUUGGUUGGAGUCCCGCGUGCACGAGGGCUGUGUGGAGCCAGCCACACACAAUGCUUUGGCCAAGAUCUACAUCGACAGCAACAACAACCCUGAACGUUUUCUCAAAGAAAAUCAGUUCUAUGACAGUCGCGUGGUUGGUAAAUACUGUGAAAAGCGUGAUCCUCAUCUAGCUUGUUUUGCUUAUGAAAGAGGCCAGUGUGAUCGGGAACUGAUCAAUGUCUGCAAUGAGAACUCACUCUUCAAAGCAGAAGCAAGGUACUUGGUGCGCAGGCGUGAGCCAGAAUUGUGGGCUGAAGUGCUCAAUGAGGCCAAUCCAUUCAAGCGAAAUCUCAUUGAUCAGGUCGUCCAAACUGCUCUGUCUGAGACUCAAGAUCCUGAGGAUAUAUCAGUGACAGUGAAGGCAUUCAUGACAGCCGAUCUACCCAACGAACUCAUCGAACUUCUGGAGAAGAUUGUGCUCGACAACUCAGUGUUCAGUGAUCAUAGGAACCUGCAAAACUUGUUGAUUCUGACUGCUAUCAAAGCAGAUAGGACACGUGUGAUGGAGUACAUCAAUCGUUUGGAUAAUUACGAUGCUCCGGACAUUGCUAACAUUGCAAUCAACAAUCAGUUGUAUGAGGAAGCAUUCGCCAUUUUCAAAAAGUUCGAUGUCAACACUUCGGCUAUUCAGGUGCUGAUCGAUAAUGUUCAAAAUCUGGAUAGAGCUUACGAAUUCGCUGAACGUUGCAAUGAACCAGCCGUUUGGAGUCAGUUGGCCAAGGCUCAGCUCACCAAAGGAUUGGUCAAAGAAGCGAUUGACUCCUUCAUCAAGGCCGACGAUCCAUCUGCUUACAUUGAUGUUGUUGAAACAGCUCAUAAAACCGAAAGCUGGGAAGAUUUGGUUCGCUAUCUGCAGAUGGCACGAAAGAAGGCAAGAGAGUCCUACAUCGAAAGCGAACUCAUCUAUGCUUAUGCUCGCACCAAUCGCUUGGCCGAUUUGGAAGAAUUCAUUUCUGGUCCUAACCAUGCUGACAUUCAAAAGAUUGGUGAUAGAUGCUUUGAUGAUGGGAUGUAUGAGCCUGCCAAGCUACUCUACAACAAUGUUUCCAACUUUGCUCGCCUUGCCAUUACAUUGGUCCAUCUGAAAGAAUUCCAGGGCGCAGUUGACAGUGCCCGCAAAGCCAACAGCACCCGGACAUGGAAGGAGGUGUGCUUCGCUUGUGUCGAUAGCCAGGAGUUCCGCCUUGCUCAGAUGUGCGGUCUCCACAUUGUGGUCCAUGCUGACGAGCUUGAAGACUUGAUCAACUAUUAUCAGGAUCGUGGCUAUUUUGAAGAACUGAUCAACUUACUGGAAGCUGCUUUGGGAUUGGAGCGCGCUCACAUGGGCAUGUUCACAGAGUUAGCUAUCCUCUAUUCCAAGUAUAAGCCAGCAAAGAUGAGGGAGCACCUUGAACUCUUCUGGUCUCGUGUAAACAUUCCAAAAGUACUGAGAGCUGCCGAGCAAGCUCAUCUGUGGGCUGAAUUAGUUUUCCUGUACGACAAGUAUGAAGAGUAUGACAACGCCGUGAUUGCAAUGAUGAGUCACCCAAGCGAGGCAUGGAGAGAAGGCCACUUCAAAGACAUUAUCACCAAGGUGGCAAAUAUUGAGCUCUACUACAGGGCCAUUCAGUUCUAUCUCGACUACAAGCCUCUCCUUCUCAAUGACAUGCUACUGGUCCUUGCCCCUCGCAUGGACCACACACGUGCUGUCACCUUCUUCACCAAGGUGAACCAUCUGCAGUUGGUGAAACCUUAUCUUCGUUCAGUCCAGUCUUUGAACAACAAGGCUAUCAAUGAAGCACUCAACAACCUGCUGAUAGAAGAAGAAGAUUAUCAGGGACUAAGAACAUCGAUCGACGCUUUUGACAAUUUCGACAACAUCGCAUUGGCUCAGAAACUGGAGAAGCACGAGUUGAUCGAGUUCAGAAGAAUUGCUGCCUAUUUGUACAAGGGUAACAACAGAUGGAAGCAGAGUGUUGAACUUUGCAAGAAGGAUCGUCUCUUCAAGGAUGCAAUGGAAUAUGCGGCCGAAUCAAAGAAUCCGGAUGUCGCUGAAGAAUUGCUGGCUUGGUUUCUUGAGAAGGGCAACCACGACUGCUUUGCUGCCUGCUUAUUCCAGUGCUACGAUCUUCUCCAUCCCGAUGUCAUCCUGGAGCUGGCCUGGCGUCACAACAUCAUGGACUUUGCCAUGCCUUAUCUUGUGCAAGUCACUCGCGAAUAUGUUUCCAAGGUUGAUAAACUUCAAGAAGCUGAAUCCAGAAGGUCAGAGGAGCAUAAUGAACAAGAUCACAAGCCCAUGAUGAUGCCCGAACCUCAACUGAUGUUGACCGCUGGUCCAGGCAUGAUGGCUUCUGCAUUCCCGUCUGCUUAUGCUCCAGGCAUGACCUAUCAAGGCUACAGUAUGUAAUUGUGGCGCUGUUAACUACAACCGGUGCCGGAAUCUAGUAAUAUAUGUUUAGCACUAUGCAGUAAUAGUGUAAUGUUUGUUUACAAUACUAAAUUCUUGCUGUUUCGAGUAGAAUUGAAAUAACUUCUGUUGAUAAUUUGUUGUUGCUUUUAUUAUUCCAUAGCUUGGAAUUAUUUUAAUGAUUUCUGCCAAGACAAAUGCACUUGGGUGAGGGGCGUUGUCUUAGUAGGAGAGCGCAUAGUUACAUCAAUAGAAUUUUAUGAUCAUAACUUGUUUGAAAGGGAUUAAUGAACAAGUUCUAUUAGUUAUCCCAAAUUUACUUUUUUAAUUUACAAAUUGACUUUGUAUGAGAUUAAAUAAUGCUGUAUAUUUAAAGUGUGAAUUAUUCUUGAUUCUAUCAAGAAGCCGUCAUUUACUCCUAAUAAAAAUAGACGUAGAGAUUGAAAUUUAUUGUAUAUAUAAAGAGAAUCUAUUUAUAUGCGAGAACUAGCAUAUAUAAUAAGAGUCUAUUAUUACGUCAACAACAUGGUCUCAUUCUACUUUGCUUCAAAAUAUCCAUUGACUUGACAACUAGAAAUGAAUUUGAAUACUAAACAAUUUUUAAUACUCAAAUAAUUCAUUUACACUUCACACACUUCUAAAAUGAUUUUAAGCAACUUCUUUGAUUUUAAUCUAAUGUUUGUGUCUCACCGUAUCUUUUUAUUGAUAUGUUUAUUUUUUGUAUUCGUAAUAAUUAUUCAUGUUAUUGAUGUAAUCAUUCACCCUUAGAAAUAUAGUUGUAACAUGUUAUUCAUCCGUUAAUUGUUAAGUGUUGAUGUAGUUGAAUAUCAAUUUAUAAUAACAUGACUGCAGGCUAAAGUUGGUAUUGCAUAAGCACGUGGUAACUGUAUUCGUUUAAAUUUAGUUAUUUAUUAAUUUGCUUGUCAAUAGAGGAAAACAUAAAAAUGUAAAAGCUUUUGAGAAGUAGGAAUGAAAGAAUUGAUAAAGUUAUUACAUAGGUGAAGUGCACCAUUGUUCCUAACAAUGAAAUGAUUUUUUGUGGACUUAGUAUGUGUGUUUAUUAUGAAGGGGCUUCUCUUCACACGUUUGAUAAAUCUGAGGAUUAAAUUUAUUGUUUCCUAAUAUAUAGACUUGCUUGGGUAUGUGCUUACAUGUCCUGACCGAAAUUGUUGAGCAAGCUCUGAAUGUUUGAUUAGAAGUUCCACUUAGUUGCCUUAUUUAUUCUACGUCUUCAUUAAAAUUAGAAAUUGGGGAGUAGAGAUUAAAUCUUCCUUUUUGAAAAAGGUUGGUUAGAAAAUUAUUUUGAGAAAACAUAAUAAAUUAAAUUAUUAUUUAUUACUAUUAUUAUGUAUGAUUUCCAUUUAGCAAAGCUCAUGUGGAACAUGUCUAAACCAAUAACCACAUAUUACCAUCAUGAUAUUAAAUUUUCCAUUCACUGCAAAUUAAUUGUUAAUGAUAGAUUGAUUAGUUGAGGCACCGGUGUCUUGAACAUAAAAUCACAUAGAUCCAAAUAUACUGAGCCAGAUAUAUAUUCAAAACGAUAUGAUUCUUAUGAUAUUAUUAGAGUUAAUCUUGUUGAUAGAAUAGAUAAUUUUCAAGUUUAAUAUUAUUUAUAUAUAUUUGUAAUAUCAAUUGUUUGUUUAUAUAAUAUUGUAGGAGCUCUUAUUUGUGAAAUGAUGGUUUCAUUACCUGUUUAUCUAUUUUCUACUUCUGUACUCGUUUUGUCUAUUAUUAUUUAUACUCAUCAUAAGUGAUUUGGAUAUUAUUGUAGAGUACUCAAUCAUCAAUCAAAACAUACGUGGCUCUGAUUCUAUUCACCAUUAGCAAAAAAUAAAAAGCUCCUCUGGCAGUUGAUGUCAUUUCCAAGCAAGAAAGAUUUCCUAACAUUCAGUACAAAAUUCUAUUUAUUUAUUAAUAAAUUAUUUAUCAAUUUAUUUAUUUAUAGUAAAAAUAAAAUUAUCUCUUAACUCUAGUACUACAUCACAAUAUUUUCAUCAAUUGACCAAUGUCUUCAACCAGUUUAAUUUAUUAGAACUCUAUGCAAAAAUUCGAUUUAUUUCGUUUUAAACUAUUUAUCAAUUUAUUUAUUUCUAGUAAAAAUAAAUUAUCUGUGAACUUCAUCACUAUAUUUUCAUCAAGAGUGAACAUGAAAACCCAAUUUGUAAUUGUUGAUUCGUUAAUUGUUACUAUGAAACUGUGUUAAUCUGUAAGUAACUGAUUUGAAACUGUGUUGAAUAUCCUUCUAUCAAAUGAUAUUGAGUCUGUAUGAGAGCAGACAGUAUACAUAAUAAGACAUGAAGUAUAGCUAUGAAUGGAAUUAUUUUCCAAACUGAAUUCAAAUACAUGAAUGUCUGUCCUCACAAAAUGCUUCAUUAUAUCAAUUGUACGUGUACUGUAGCUGUCAAUACGCUUUCCACUGUGUGUUGAGAUUGUAAAUCUUGAGUAUUGAUUGUUAACUACGUGUAUUACAGAAUUCCAAUAACAAAUAGAUGUUUAAUUUAAAAAUCAUAUAUGUAAUUAUCAUAUAUUACAAAAUUGUAUGUAAUAUACCCUUAUAAUAAUAAAUUAUGAUGAAAUAAAUGAUUUAUCGGUUC